CCGGGCCUCCGCUCGAAGUCCAGGAGGCGGGGCCGGUGUCCGGGCCAGGGGCCUGCUUCCCUAGGAUUGGCCUGUGGUCGGGAGGCGGGGCUUGCUCGCGCUGCAGCUGCGGACUGCGAUUGGCCUCGGCUCAGGGCCCGCUGCAGGCUUGAGGGCGAGGCUCGGGGCGCGAGGACCGAGCGGCCAGGAGGGCUCGCGAGCCGGGGGGAGGGGCCGGGGCGGUGGCGGCGGUGGCGGAGGAGGUGGCGGCGGGGGCCGGUACUGGACCCGGCGGGAUGAGCGAGGCGGAGGCGGCAGCGGUGGCGACAGCAGCCCCCGCGGCGACAGUGCCCGCGACGGCUGCUGGGGUGGUAGCGGUGGUGGUACCAGUGCCCGCUGGGGAGCCACAGAAAGCAGGCAGCGGGGCGGUCGGCGGCGGGGUCGGGGCUAUCUCAGGCCCCGCUGCAGGGACCCCCUCAGCGCCGGGCCCCCGCACCCCCGGCAACCCAGCGACAGCGGCCUCGGGGACCCCCGCGCCCCCGGCCCGGAGUCAGGCGGACAAGCCGGUGCUGGCAAUCCAGGUCCUGGGCACUGUCAAAUGGUUCAACGUCCGGAAUGGUUACGGAUUCAUCAACAGGAAUGACACCAAGGAGGAUGUCUUUGUUCACCAGACAGCUAUUAAGAGAAACAACCCCAGGAAGUUUCUGCGCAGCGUUGGAGAUGGGGAGACUGUGGAGUUUGAUGUCGUGGAAGGAGAGAAGGGUGCGGAAGCUGCUAAUGUAACUGGGCCUGGGGGAGUGCCAGUGAAGGGCAGCCGCUAUGCCCCCAAUCGACGUAGGUUCCGCCGAUUCAUCCCCCGGCCUCGCCCAGCUGCCCCACCACCCAUGGUGGCAGAGGCCCCCUCAGGCGGGACAGAACCAGGCAGUGAAGGGGAGCGAGCUGAAGACUCUGGGCAGCGGCCCAGACGCCGGCGCCCACCACCCUUCUUCUACCGAAGGCGCUUUGUGCGAGGCCCUCGGCCCCCCAACCAGCAGCAACCUAUAGAGGGCACUGAUGGGGUCGAAACCAAAGAGACAGCUCCAUUGGAGGGGGACCAACAGCAGGGAGAUGAGCGGGUCCCCCCACCCAGAUUCCGGCCCAGGUAUCGAAGACCUUUUCGCCCCAGGCCCCCCCAGCAGCCUACCACAGAAGGUGGGGAUGGUGAGACCAAACCCAGCCAAGGCCCAACUGAUGGUUCCCGGCCUGAGCCCCAGCGCCCACGAAACCGCCCCUACUUCCAGCGGCGACGGCAGCAGCCCCCCGGGCCCAGGCAGCCCACAGCCCCAGAGACUUCAGCCCCCAUCAACAGUGGGGACCCCCCCACCACCAUACUGGAGUGAUUCCAACUCAAAGGACACCCAGAGCCACCAUCUGGUAUCGGCCAGUUUUUCCAACUAACCUGUACCCUAUCCAGGACUCCCUCCCCCCACAUUCCCACAAUUCAUGACAUCAAAACACCGGCUUUCCCCCUUUUCCUUGAGACUCAGGAGAGCCAAAGCAAUCACCACCUUUUGCUUUUCCCCCCCCGUCUCCCUUACCAAGGGUUGAAGGAGGGAUCCAUCCUUGUUCAGAGGCACCAACUCCUGUCCCUAAAACAGGCUGAGAAGGAAACAGCCAACUCUUACCUCUUCCUGGCGGUUUUUCUUUCCCACCCCGGUUUAUUUUUUGUUUCCCCUCUCCCCCUACCUCUGAAGCCAUUUUAUGAACUGUCAUGUGCCACCUGAGCCUCCAGUAAAAACUAAAACAGG